AUGGCCACGGACUUGUACACUAUAAGAGCAUGGGAGCAGAUAUCCUACCUAUGCCCACAGUCACGCCAUGAACACGUUCGGGAGGUAUGGAAUCUAAUCCUUGACCCUGUCUUUCCACUUGUACCGGCUGGCGGUAAGUCUUUCACAGUGCAAAACGAAGACGACCCAGAUAGAUUCCCCCAGAUCUCCGUUACUAAUCUGAGUGGUCGUUUCGCAACCCUCCCACUCUUCAAGGUCUACUGUAUCGGGUUCACCGACCCUGACACGGACAUGUGGAAAGUCUUGGAAGAUGCAGUUCAGCUCGACUUAGUCGAGGCGUCGAGCCUCUUUCAGGGAGAGCCCCGGGCAAGUCUUUUCGCCGCUAUUGCGAUCGGUGCGCUGGUACGUUUCUCCAGACUCGAUGAAGAGGACUAUUUCUGCUAUGUUGAAUAUCGCGAUAGAGAUGCGUAUGAUGUUCAUCAGGAUUUUGAUGUCAUUGUUGAACAUCUGCUCCAGAUUCGGGAGGCCAUGGCGUGA